CCCUGGCCAUGCCAAACUUUCAGCUUCCUUUUGUCAUCGAAGUCGGCGCGUCAGGAAAAGGAAUUGGUGCAGUUCUCUCGCAGCAAGGGCGCCUAAUUGCCUACAUGAGUAAGGUGCUCGGCCCAGCUAAAGCAGCUUGGUCCACUUAUCAGAAAGAAAUGUUGGCCAUCACCACCGCAGUUGAGAUGUGGCGGCCGUACUAACUUGGCCAUAAAUUCCAUAUUUAUACCGAUCAGAGAAGCCUAAAGUACCUAUUGGAACAUCGCAUCGUAACUCCGGACCAGCACAAAUGGAUAAGCAAACUAAUGGGGUUUGACUAUGAGAUAUAUUACAAGGCUGGGCCGAGAAAUCGGGCGGCAAAUGCUCUUUCUCAGCAUGCAGGAGGACCGCAGCUGGAUGCCAUUUCCCAGCCGUUCACUUCAUUAUGGGACGAGCUACGUGCGACACUGGAAACCAAACCCUAUCUCCGCGAAGUCCGGGACAAGGCCUUGUCAGUGGAACCCGGGAACUACACAUAUCAUCAAGGCUUGGUUUUCUAUAAGGUUCAGGUGGUUCUUCCCCCGCUUACCAACUUGGUGACUAUGGUGAUUCAUGAGUUCCACGAUACGUCCAUGGGUGGUCACUCGGGCGCAGAGGACGUAGCGAGAUUAUCGGGCCAUUUUUAUUGGCCGCAGAUGAGCAAGGCUGUACGAGAUUAUGUUGUCUCAUGCGAUGUUUGUCAGUGGGUGAAGUCAGACUCGUUAUCACCGGCUGGCCUUCUACAUCCACUUCCGAUCCCAUGUCAGGUUUGGGAAGACAUAUCGAUGGACUUCGUUGAAGGAUUACCGGUAUCGGGAGGGCGUUCGAUAUUGUUCGUGGUGGUUGGCAGGCUGACUAAAUAUUCCCAUUUUAUGUCCUUAGCUCAUCUGUAUACAUCUCUUAAGGUCGUCGAUGAGUUCAUCGAAGGGGUGGUGCGUCAUCAUGGGAUUCCGUCCUCUAUCGUCAGCGACCGGGACGCCGUCUUUGUUAGCCUGUUCUGGAAGGAGUUCUUUAGUCGUACGGGGACUAAGAUCAACAUGAGCUCUGCUUACCAUCCACAGUCAGAUGGUCAGAUGGAGGUUGUUAAUCGUUGUGUUGAACAGUAUCUACGGUGCUUUGCACACCAGCAACCGCGACGUUGGCAAAUGUUCCUGCCCUGGGCGGAGCUCUGGUAUAAUACUUCCUUUCAUCGAAUUAUUGACAUGACUCCGUUCAAAGCUUUGUAUGGGCGAGACCCGCCUAGUAUUAUUCCAUAUGCAAGUGCUUCUAGUUCAGUGGCGGUUGUGGACCAAUUGUUGGGCGAGCGCGACGCCGUGCUACGUGAACUCAAAAAGACUCUCGCAGCUGCAAAGGAAUACAUGAAGCAAUGAGUUGAUUUGAAGCGGCGGGAUUUGCAGUUUGAUGUGGACGACUUGGUUCUUCUCCGUCUCCAGCCAUAUUGCCAGCACUCCGUGUUUCGGCGAGCUUCCGAAAAGCUAGCUGCCCGUUACUUCGGCCCGUAUCCCAUUGCCGCUAAAUUUGGCGCGG